GAGAUGAUGGCAUUUGCAGCAGAAUGUGUUUAUGCAAGCCUGGAAAUGGUCGUAAACGAGGAUGGGCUUGACUGUCUCGAGAUGAAACUUGGUCUUUUACAGCAAGAAUGGUUCUUGCGUAUCGUGUUGGCCGUGUUUUGCCCUUUCAUGCACGCGGAGGAAAAGGGUGUCGGUCAGGAUGAUAGUGCACCACCAUGGAGCUGCGUGAACCGCUAG